AAGCGCUACAGCUUGACACCCACCAUAGUCUAUCAGACACAGCAAAACACACACAUCUAUUGUUCCUAUGAUGAUGAUAGCCGGCAAGCCGCAGUCAAUACCCUUGACUCACAGUCAGAAGUCGUCUCAUGAAAGGCAACAUGAUAUAAAUUUGCUUAAUGCUCCCAAGAAAACGGAACCCAAUGCGGAGUCAUCUCCAUCUACACCCCCUGGGCAAAAGCAACUAAAAUCCAAGUCGAGGUCUAAGGCCAAAGCUUCUUCUAGAGCCAAGCAACAACCACAACAGCAACAACAGGAGCAGGAAGCGGAAGCGGAAACACAGCCAAGAUCUCAAAGUAAGAGCUCCAGCUCAAAGAGAAACGCUAGCAGUGGCAAAAUUGUCAUUCCUCCCAGAAGUGUGGAAGUCAGCUUCAACACCAACGGUUCCAGGGGCUCACAACGAGCAAUGUUGAAAAGCACAGCUGACGAUUUAAAGCACUCGACUCAAGAUAUCAAAAACUUACUGGUGGCCUCACCUUCUACAGACGGCUCCAAACCAAACUCCAGAUUGAGCGGUGGCUCAUCUCCAAAUAGCUCCAAUGCUUCUAACCAUAAAAAAGGCGGGAAAAAAUCCCCUAAGUCUCCAAACUCCCAAUACGCUAAGUUAAACAAUGCAAUAAACAAAGUUGCAAGAUUACCCGACGGCUCUGAGCCGGACUUCAACAAUAGCAGAAACCAUUCUGCUCCAUUAUCCAGAUCCUCCAGCUCAACCUCUGCAAGAACAUCCAAGCCAAACAGUGCAUCUUCGAACAGCUCAACCUCUACCGAUGGUAUCAGAUAUGCUGGUUCAUCAUUCCACGCCGAGCCAAAGGCUGUCACUUUGCCAAAGCCUUCUUUCUUGAAAAAGUGAUUUCAUCGUUUACUUCAAUUCAUAUGCAUGAUUCAUUUAUGUUUCAUUUUCAAAAUUUACGUCAAUUUUUUCAUGCAUCGAUUUUUUUCUCGUAUUUAUUUUUCUUUUUCAUGAUAAUGAUAGUCUCUAUUUUUCUUUCUUUUUUGUGUUUCUGUUUCCACAUUUUUUUCUUGCGU